AUGGAUUUAGGGAUGACUGAUUCUUUGAACUGCAUAGGUGAUAUGACAGAAAUGCACAAAACGGGGUCAAAUUUCAAUUCCACUGCAAAAAUUUCUGAAUUUCAGAGAACAAGUGAUCAAUGGGACUUAAAUCUGCUUCUUGAAGCUGAGAGGGAAAAAGUCUCGAUUCUUGAACAAAAAUUAGCAAACAAAGAGAAAUUAUUAGAAGGCUUAGAAUCUUUGCAUAGUGACCUGUACUUGACAAUUGAAGAAUUGCAAGAAAAAGAAGUAAAACAUUUAAAAGAAGCCAAACAGUUCAAAUUAAAAUAUGAAGCUGCAGAAUUUGAAUUGAUUAAGUCUAAAGAAACAAUAAAAAUCAGAAACAGCCAAAUUUCAAAAUUAAAGGAAAUCAUUGAUCAAAAAAUUUGGGAAUUUAAAGAAAAAAAGUGUGAGAAGUGUCUAGGUGGAGAUAAAAAACAAAAAAUGCUUUUGAAAAUUCAAGAAAAAGAAGAAAUUAUCCAAGCUUUUGUAAUUGAUAAUUAGGAUAUCCAAAAUUUAGAAAUGAAGCAAGAAAAUAUAGAACUAAAAAAUGAUCUCAAAAUAUAUCAAGAAAAAUGCAAUAAAUUGCAAGAAGAGCUUGAUAAGGCUAAUGCUAAAAUUAUCGAAAUUUCAGAUCAAAUAGGUUCGCAAUUUCACUCCAAGAAAAAUAGCUUAAAAACUGAUUAUGAAUUGGAGUCAAGUCCAGAAAUAAAAGAACUCCGAGAUCACGUAAAAAGUCUUGAGGAGAAAAUUAAUUUUUCAGAGACACAGAAAAUUGAUACGCCUAUUUAAAUGAUUACACGUUUUAUGCUAUAAUUGGAAUACUGUUUUACAAUAAUAUUUAUUAUUAAAUUAUCAAAUUAAGAAUUAUCAAUAGCUUGAAUAAGUUUAUUUAUGAAAACCAAGAGCUUUAUGCAAUUUUAGGGGUUUGCAAUGAAAAAGCUGCAAUAAAAAGAGUUUUGUAUUUAAAACAUCAUUAUGAAAAGAGUAAAAAGUAUUGCAAAUUUUAUAAGAAAAUCGUCGACAUUUUGCGAAAAUAUCCGGAAAUAAAAACGCAUAAAGAGAUAUCGUGUAAAUCUGCAUGAACAUUAUUAGAGAGGAUAAUAGAGGAAUUUGUGAUUCUAAAAGCAAGCAGAGAUUCAGAUAUCAUGAGCAAGCUUUGUGAAAUUUUUAAUUUAAAAUCGGCAGCAUUUUUAAUAGAUUAUGCAGAGAAAAUCAAAUUCCAACUGGAGCGUCAAAAUAAACAAUUUUAA